GACAAAGACAGCAAGAAGCAAACAGUUGCACAGUUCCCUCAAGAACAACAUUACAAACAACAAAAGAUCGACAGGACCAUCCGCCAGAUCAUACACUUUCCACAAUAUCUACACUAUCUUAGUACUACAUUAGUACUUUUAGAGCCAGCCAACAACUGCUGCUCUACUCACCUUCCAUUCUACAAUCACAACCAUAACUACAACCACAUUCAAAAUGGAGAACUCACCGCAACACUCCCGAUCUGCCUCUUCCGCCUCGCGCCGGUCAAACCGUUCAAACCUCUCUCUCGACCUCUCCAACCUUCCACCUAUGACCCCGCCUACGCCUCCGUCAAACACUCUUCUCUUCACCAAUCUCACCGACCCGGCCAUCUUCCUCCCCGAGAACCUCGAGGUCAUCCGCGACCUCAUCACCCACUCUGCUCCCAUCCAUGCCUUUGCGCCCCUAAAAUCCUUCCGUCGCAUCGUCGUCUCCUUCUUUGACGAGCAGGCUGCCAUCGCCGUCCGCCAGGUAUGGGACAACGAGGCUAUCAUGGGCCAGCAGUGCCGUGUCUACUUUGGCAUGGCCACUCCCGUCGACAAACGCGAUGAGCAUCUCGCUCUUCCUGACGCUGGAAAGCUCUUCUUCAUCUCCCCCCCACCCAGCCCUCCCCACGGUUGGGAGAUGCGCAUGGAGGAUGCGCCCAACAAGCUGGUUCACGCUGAGGAUCUCGCCGAUGCGCUCGCUAAGCUGCAUCACCGCCCUGGACCUAUGGACGAGGACCAAAACUCACCUGUGACUCCUCACGACUCUGCUCUACCAGGUCGCACACGCUCUCGCUCUUCCACUCUGAUCUACAAGCCUGAAGAGAAGAGCAGCAUGCCCGCUGUCAUUGUUGAUGACAUGACAGAUGAGCCUAUCCAGUACAGCCCUAUUGAGCAGUCCAAGCCCAUCAUGGCGCAUACUGCUCGACCUCCUGUCGAGCUGAUGCAUCACGCCUAAGCUGGACACAUUCAUCAAUGAACACGGUUUCUUUUACUUUGGCGUUUAAGGGUACAAAUUACGGUUACUGGGGGUCGGCUGUCGGUCUACCUAGGUCUUCAAUGAGCAUUUCAUCCUCUUAAGCAUGGACAGUACAGGAGUUAGGAAAAUACAUAUUUCAUCGGUUUAUUAUCAUGGAAACAAAUGGAGGCAAAUGCGCCACAUAGGUACAUGGCAUUUGCCCAGCUGGCACAGUUGUAUACUAUAGCUAGUUGAUUAAUACUAGUUCUGAGCACAGAAUUACACCAUAACACAUCCCACUUGCUGAUUCC